UCUCUGCUUGCUGUUUCUGGGGGACACGUUUGUAGUGGACUUACACACACACACAUGCGCGCUGUUUGGGUAGUUUAUUUAAUUUUACUCCACCAUGCCGACUGAUACCAAACGUGUACGUGGCCCAGAAGUAUCCCAAAGUACGUCUUUGUUUUUGUGCAAACCUGCGGCCGUUCUCCCCUCGCAAGGCCCCAGAGCGGACGGUCGGCAGCGGGAUCAAGUGGACGUCCGGCCUGUUUUUGUCCGGUGCGGGCUCGUGAGCCAGGCUAAAGGCUCGGCUUACAUCGAAGCUGGAAACACCAAGUUGAUGUGCUGCAUUUAUGGCCCCAGAGAAACAGAGCGGAAAGAUGAGACCGAUAUGAAAUGUGGAAGGUUGACUACUGACAUGCGUUUUGCUCCAUUUUCCUGUCUGGAGAGGGGCUCCUGGAUUCAGGGAAGCCAGGACAAGGACCUCUCCCUGAUGCUGCAUGAGAGCCUGCAGCCAGCCGUGUGCCUCAACAAAUAUCCUCGUUCUCAGAUCGAGGUCAACGUGAUGGUUCUUGAGAAUAGCGGUUCAGUUUUGGCCCAUGCAGUCACAUGCGCUUCUCUCGCCCUCGCAGAUGCAGGGAUCGAAAUGUUUGACCUGGUGCUUGGCUGUUCCAUACGCCAGGAUGGCGCCUCUUAUGUGGUUGACCCUUCUUACAUGGAGGAAAACAGCUGCAGCUCAGCCAGCAGCCAUAACCAGGGCGGUCUGACUGUUGCGUUCCUCCCCAGCCUCAACCAGGUUUCUGGGCUGCAGUCAGAUGGAGAAAUGACUGAAGAGACCCUGGCAGCCGGUGUUCGGACCUGCAUUGAGGGAUGUUAUAAACUGUACCCGGUCAUCCAACAAGCCCUGGCGAAGGCUGUGCGCAGGGCUGCGCCCCCACCAUCAGAGAGCUGAGACACUCAUAAACCCAGAACUGCUUAGUUCAUAGUUUUUCUACUUUACAUUUUCUGUUCCAUUCUUUGACAACAAUACCUGUUUCUAUGUUUAAUAUUCAAUUCUUUAAAUGAAAAUUGAU